AUGGCCAUGGACAAUGUUACAGCAGUGUUUGAGUUUCUCCUUAUUGGAAUCUCUAACUAUCCUGAAUGGAGAGUCACAUUUUUUACAGUGCUGCUGCUAACUUACCUCAGCACGUUGCUGGGGAAUGGACUUAUCAUCUUUCUUAUCUACGUUGACCCACACCUCCACACUCCAACGUACUUUUUCCUUAGUAAUUUGUCUCUCUUAGACCUCUGCUAUGGAACAGUCUCCAUGCCCCAGGCCUUGGUGCAUUGUUUCUCUACCUAUCCCUACCUCUCUUACCCAAGACGUUUGACCCAAAUGAGUGUCUCCUUGGUCUUGGCCAAAGCAGAGUGCUUCCUACUGGCUGUCAUGGCCUAUGACCGUGUGGUUGCUAUUAGCAAUCCCUUGCGCUAUUCUGUGGUUAUGAAUGGUCCAGUGUGUUUCUGGCUGGCUGUUACCUCAUGGGGGGAAUCACUUAUGCUCACUGCCUUGCUCAUCUUAUCCCUGCAGCUUCGCUUCUGUGAGGCUGUCAUCAACCAUUUUGUCUGUGAGAUUCGCUCCCUCCUUAAACUGGCCUGUUCUGAUACCAGCCUCAAUGAGCUUAUGAUCUUCAUGACGGGUAUCUUUUCCCUACUCUUACCCUUUGGGUUUGUUUUCCUCUCCUAUGUCCGAAUUACCACUGCUGUCCUAAGGAUUCGCUCAGCCCAGGGAAGGCUCAAGUCCUUUUCCACCUGUGGUUCUCAUUUGACUGUGGUGACAAUCUUCUAUGGAGGAGCCAUCUCCAUGUAUAUGAAACCUCAGUCCAAAUUAUCCCCUGACCAUGACAAGUUUAUCUCACUGUUUUAUGGGGCUUUGACACCCAUGCUGAACCCCCUAAUAUAUAGCCUGAGGAACGAGGACGUUAAAGGGGCAAUAAGAAAAGUUAUGGCGAAAAGGGUAUGA